CGUCCCGAUGGCUAUCCCGUAGUUGUUUCCAACGAUACUUAGCGCUUUUCACUGAAAUAAUAGAAAAUUAUGAUUAGGAAUAUAACAUUUUUAUACCAAGCAUGUUGUCUUACAGAUCGCAAAAAAUCAGUAACAGGUAUUUAUCCACGGGCUCGUCGUUCACACGAUUGGCAGAAAAUUUUAGGAUUGGAGUAGCAAGUGUGUCGAGAAUUGUGGCAGAAGUUUGUAAUGCUCUUUGGCUUGUUUUACAACCUCUUGUUAUUCCAAAACCUACCAAAGACGACUGGAAGCGAAUAGCAAAGGAUUUUCAAGAGCUAUGGCAGUUUAAAAAUUGUUUGGGGGCUCUAGACGGUAAACAUGUUUAUAUAAUGUGUCCUGCAAACACUGGGUCCUCUUUUUUUAAUUACAAACAAAGAUUUUCUAUAGUGCUUAUGUGCUUAGCUGACGCUAGGAGAAAGAUUAUAAUGGUUGAUGUGGGAUCCAUGGGAAGAUUUAGUGAUGCUGGAAUAUUUGAUGAUAGUGUUUUUGGAAAAUAUUUGAAAGAAAAAAGAUUGAAUCUUCCAGAACCUGAACCAUUAUAUGAAGGAGGUGAACCAGUACCAUUUGUAUUCAUUGGAGAUGAGGCUUUUCCUUUGAUGGAAAAUUUCAUGCGCCCAUAUCCGCGGGACCAGUUAGACCAACAGAAACGUAUAUUUAACUAUAGACUUUCGAGGGCACGUCGCAUUGUAGAAGCUACAUUCGGUGUAUUGGCACGAAAGUGGUAUGUGUAUCGUAAAGACUUUGAAUGCAGAGUGGAAACGGUUGACAAAAUCGUAAAAGCCACAUGUGUAAUGCAUAAUUUUUUAAUUGAAAGACAAAGUAAUUAUUUGGAUUGCAUUGAUAACACAAAUACAAGUACUCUUGUAUCGGUUCCUAGCAUUUCCGUCGUCGUGUCAAGUGAUAGUUAUGAUGUAAGAGAGAAAUACUGCUCUUAUUUCAAUAAUCAAGGAAAAGUGUCAUGGCAAGAUACUCGUAUUUCGUCACGAAUUCAUCGCACACAAUAAAUACCCAAAUAUUGUAACUUGUAUUUUAAUAUACCUGAUUUUAAUACAUGAUUAUUACUUACCAUCUUUA